AUGUCGGCGGCUCGAAAAGUGUUCCACUGUGCUGUGGACGACACCGUCCUAACCACCAACGUCAGCGAAAUCAAGCGCUGGGCUUCCAACGGGGCAAUUACACUGUUUGUUCCGCUAUACACUCUCGAACGUCUUCAGGAACCCAAGCGUGGUGGUUCUCAAGUCGCUAUAAACUCUCGCGAAGCCGUCCGUUUUCUCGACCGCGUCACCUCCGGCAAAGACAGCAUACCAGCGGAUCGGGUUGUGCUCCAGGGACCUAUGGAGCAAUAUGACAACUGGGCAGAUGCGGAGCAGUUUUUUCUUCCGGAGUUUGAAGAAGAGGUUGACGAAUACGCCGCACCGAGAGACGGCGAUAUUACCGAUAUUACCACACCCAAGACUGAGAUUGCGAAAGUGAAUGGUAUUUCAGCAAAGUCGGCACCCGAACAAAAGGGACCUGGAUUACCCGGAUUGCCAAGUGAUUUAUCGCAGAUGCUGUUGAGCAAGCUGAAUUUCAAGGGACCGGCUGCGGUUGGUGCUCAGAACGACAUCAAGUCUUCUGUCUCGAUCCCUUCGGUCGGUACUCAGAGCGACGAAGGAUCGCGAGCAUCGUCCCGUAGCUCUCAAACCAGCCCGGAGUAUGCGAAUGGAAAUGCCAAGCGUGGCCACAAUCGUUCGACUUCAACAUCUUCGAACGCACCGCCAACUCCUGCAGUACUGCGACCAUUGCUAAGUGCGUUGUUAUGGCGUCUGCAUCACGACGAGGGUUCUAUCGGCGUCCCGCAAAACCUCACACUCAUCAGCAACGAUCGUGACAUUCAGGUUUGGGCCCAGAAGUUCGGAAUCAUGACCAAGAAUAUUCAUCAGCUUCGAACGGCUAUUCAGUACGAAGAGAAGGAAUUCAAGAACCGUGUGAAGUAUGCCGAAAAGACGCAACAUGUCGCUCCAUCGCCAAAGCCGCUUUUCUCGUACGAGAAUGAUAGCGAGGAGGAUGAGCUAGUAUUUGUUCCUCGCGGCGGUCGAGGAAAAGGUGCAGGCCGUGGCAGUGGAAGCCGAGGCGCAAAUGGUCGCAAGACUCGAGCAGCUACCGCUGCAGCUAUUGCGCAGGCUGACACUACCGUUGAAGUGCCUUCGCAGCCUAUCGAUCCAGAUUCCUUUAGCCGUUCGAUUGGCGCGACGACGGUUGUCAAGCAGCCUCCCUUGGACCUGAGUUCUCAGUCCGGGGCCUCUCGUGGUUUGGCAGCUGCUUCUAGGCGCAAUGGCGAUGAGCAUAAUCAUGGUCAGGCCAAUGGUGGUAACGGCGGCAGUAGCCGUCGUCGUCAGCGCGGUGCCGGAAGCACUCGAGCAAACACCUCCACUCGCGGUGGACGUGGACAAGGAAAGUUAUGGGUUCCUUAA